AUGAUUUCAGCGGGCGACUGGCUGCAAGGACCCCAUGUCUACGCUCUGUAUCAGUCCUAUGGCAUGUCCAAACAUCAGAUUGAGCUACUGUUCAUCGCCGGAUUCGGAUCAAGUCUGCUGUUUGGAACGGUGAUUGGAUCAUUCGCCGAUAAGUUUGGUCGGCGGAACAACUGCGUGGUCUACGGGAUAUUAUAUGGAUGUUCUUGCAUUACGAAACAUUUUGCCAGCAUGGAAGUACUGAUGGUGGGCCGAUUUCUUGGCGGAAUCGCCACCAGCAUUCUAUACUCGGCAUUUGAAAGUUGGUUGGUCUACGAACAUAAUAAGCGAGGCUUCUCUGAGAACCUUCUGGGAACGGUGUUUUCUCAUGCAGCGCUGGGGAACUCGCUGAUUGCCAUCUUAUCAGGGGUGGCCGCCCAAGUUGUCGCUGAUGCCUACGGAUACGUAGCCCCAUUCGAUCUGUCAUUGAUGGUCCUAGUAGUAAUGAAUGUGUUCAUCAUUCAAACAUGGCCUGAAAACUACGGUGAUGAGAAAGCUGCUCUACGAGAAACGUUUCAUAAGGCCAUCCAUACGAUAAGAACAGGAUUCACCUGA